AUGGGAGUCGAUGCCGGCUUCGAUAUGUAUCCUCGUCUGUGUAAAGGAAUAGUAGACAGGCACAACUGGGGACGAUUUAUCGAAUUGAUUAAAGAGUAUUACAAAGAUGAUACUCAGGUUGAGAUAAAGCCGAAUUACAUCAUCUUCAAAGCAGGGGAACAUCCCCAGCUUCCCUUUGAGGGCCACAAGUUUCUGCGUUUUAGCUCAAAGGUAUCGGGAUCUAUCGCAUCAGAUACGAAUGUGGAGAGCUAUAUCGAUACUGUGACAGGGUUCGCACAGGCAAACUUCAGCUCUCGUGUCCGAUAUUGGCACGAGGGUGCCGAUCAGUCUGGCGUCUACAAUUGGACUGAAGUUCAUGAAUCAAUCAGGUCAUAUCAGCAGUUGCAGCCAGAUAAACUUGAGACUCCGUCCAGCAUCGCCCAACUCCUUAGUGGCACUGAUCCCAUCGCGGAGCUGGGCAUUGCGCCGUUUGAGAUUAAGCACAUCAUCAGGAAAGGUAAAGGUCUCGUUGCCCGUGUCAACAUAUCCAAAGGCACUCGAAUUAUUUGCGAGAAGCCGCUUCUUAAAGCUGUGCCUAUGCCUCAUGAUGAGUUAGAGGCAUUUCUCGCGACAAAGUUGAAGGCCAUGUCUAGAGAGUCACAGCGACAGUUCCUGUCUCUUCAUAACAAUUUCCCCUUGGCGCUGUCCCAGCUAUUGCCCUACUACGACGCCUUCCAGAUCAGUAUUGCGCAUGGGGACCAGGCACGCGCGAGUAUAUUGGCAGAGAGAGCUUACAAAGCUAGGGUGAUCUGUGAAGGUGAGGAUAGCCCCGAAACGCUGAGAGCAAAGUCUCUUGCGUUGAAACCAGCCGUUCACAAUAGUUUUGGAUUGUUUUCUAGGAAGUGGAAAAGCGCGAGGGAUUCGGUACCGAAGGGUUUGGAUACGGUCGAGUUUGACAGGUGGUUGUUCAGGCAGAAGAAUUAA